UGCAAAGCCAAACGUUACUCGGAGACACUUUUUUUUCCAGCUGUGAUCAAUUUAGCCUUGAUAGGGGCAACUUGUCAGAUCUCAUACUGGAUUAUUUGUUCUAACUGGGCUGUUCAAGUGAGCCCAACCUUCGCUAAUUUGCCCGUAUGGAGAUGAACGACCUCCUUAGACUUGGCAUUUGAUUUUUCCAAGUGUGGUUCAUGCGGUCCAAGUCAAAGCUUUUGGACAGGUUAAGAAAUCGAAACAAUGAUUGGCACCAUAGCCGUCGCCAUGAAUAUAUUUUUUUUAGUUGUGGUUUGCUAUGGCGACGCAAAUGAAAUUCCACGACAGAGGGUGUCCGUUACAUAUUUCCAGCAGUGAAUUCACGCUUAACCGAGGCCCUCGGCCAUUUCUAUUCCUCAGCCUAUAGUCCAGUUCCUCCUCAUUUCUUAAAUGGCUUGACGUGACUUAUUUUACUGUUACUUAUUUUUGUAAUAUGAACUCAUACAGUUUAAAAACACUUUUUCCCCCCCAGCUUUUUCUCGUGUUUCUAAAUGCAAUGAAUUAAACCCAUUUGCGCCUUCUGUCCUCCUCUUUUGUUCACAUGUGGGACCAAUCCUGACCACGGCUGGAACGCCUCAAUCCACUCAUUCUCUUCACAUACGCAUACACACACUCUCUCACCCUCUCACACACUCUUUGUCCACGGGCAUACGUUCACACCCAACAGUCUACACCUCACUACAUUCUGCCUCCAGUACAAGCCCACAGUGAUUGCCUGUGUGUGUAUUCACCUGGCGUGCAAGUGGUCCAACUGGGAGAUCCCGGUGUCGACCGAUGGCAAACACUGGUGGGUGUACGUGGACAGCUCAGUUACGCUCGAGCUGCUCGAUGAGUUGACGCACGAGUUCCUGCAGAUUUUGGAAAAGACGCCCAGCCGGUUAAAGAGAAUACGCAACUGGAGAGCAACCCAAGCUGCCAAGAAGCCCAAAUGUGAGAGCAGCCAAUUGACGGAUUCCUCCAUUGCCGGACCUUCGAUGCUCCAAGACCAUUCCCUGCUGGACGGCUCCCUUGUUGGAGUGCCCCGCUCAAGUUUUUCCAAAUCAGGCGGCGCCUUCGUGUCGAUUUCUGCUCAGUCUGGAGGCGCGCCACUGUCUCUGAACUCCCUGGCUGGCCCUUACAACCCGCCCAGCCACAGCGAGUGGCCCCAGACCAACCUGAGUCAAGCAGGGUAUUCUUCCAGCUGUAUAAAACCAGAACCCCUCAGCACCUCCCACCAAGAUCAGACGCCGUCCUUGCAGGCGUCUGCUUCCACUUCGCAUCCGCCUCCGUUAGCGAUCAAGACCGAGAAAACCGCCGAUGUUAACAUCAAACAGGAACUCAAAGGAGCGUGCGCAAGCGGAGCCGGCAAGCAUCAACCGCCGACUUCAUCAUCUUACGCGCCGGCGCCGCAGCACUCCUCGGCUCCUAAACUUUCGCUGGACAAAUACAGAGAAAAACACGGAGCGGACGGCGCCGCCUCCGGGCAGAAAAGCCGACAGGAGCAGCAGCAGCAGCCCGCGCUGGCGGAGAACAACAUGAGAGGGGAUCCGUCGUCGUCCUCAAACUAUGCACCGCCGUCUUUGAGCCAAGUCGAUCACAGGAAGUAUUCCCAGACGCAUCAAAUGUCCCAAAGUGGCCAUCAUUUAGGUAGCGGGAGCAACACCUGCACUGCCUCGCCCAUGAAGAAUCGAGUUGCUUGCGCGGCGUCGGGGCAGGACAGGCGCCAUCACGGCGACAAAUGGGACAAAGGUUCCCUCAACCUCCACCUGGCAAUUCCCGCCACUGGAGGAAGCUCCCAGCUGGACAGAAGCAAGGAGGAGCUCAAGAUGAAAAUCAAGGUUUCCUCCUCAGCAGAGCGCCACAGUUCAUCGGACGAAGGCGGCGGUGGCGGCGCCGCCGCCGCCAACAACAACAGGAGUAAACAUUCCAGUCCGCUGGUGGGCAAGGACAAAGCGCACCGAGGCGCAGAUCACCGCCCUCACAAAUACAGUCACCACAGCCAACACGCUCACAGCGGCAACGGACAAGGGGCCUCCGACGGCCUGUUUCGGGGCCCCCCGGGACUGCUGACGCUCGAAGGAAUCACGCUUCCUCAUAGCGGGUCCGCGUCUUUGACUUUGUCGUCGUCCCGAAAGAGGGCACACUCCGAGGCCAACCACAACCAGCACCCUUCCUCCUCCUCCUCCUCCUCGUCUGCUUCUUCUUGCUCCAAACCGGGCAAACUCUCCAAGGGCGGCACUGGUGCUGCAGGUGGGCUGCGGACCUCUCAGCAGUACCUCCCUCCUAGCGGGUCGCCCCGUGAAGUGGGAGACCAGAGACACUGAAGCCAAGCCUUCUGCAGCCGUGCUUCCAUCACAUGGGAAAUGCAAGAAACGGCUCACGGUUCACACUACUAUGCGCAUCCCCCCGGUUAAGCGCCCUAGGCGCAAACCUGGGGGAUUAUAUACCCUUUAUCCAAUACUGAAUGGCAGAACAUUGUAAAAAAAAAAGUAUAUGUGUGGGCUUGCGAUAGAAGAAACAAA